UUGCGAUCCAAGAGAGUAAGGCAUGUACCGGUGAUGGCAGUGUAACCGAUAACAGCCUGGCCAGCAAAGAUUGGUGGCAGGUCUCACAAUUCUAUCAAAUUUAUCCCAGAUCCUUUAAGGAUUCUAAUGGUGAUGGUAUUGGUGAUCUGAAGGGUAUCAUCUCGAAGCUCAGCUAUCUCAAGGAGAUUGGUGUGAAUGCCACAUGGCUAUCACCCAUCUAUGUCUCACCCAUGGCCGAUUUUGGUUAUGACAUUGCCAAUUUCUUUGACAUACAACCGGAAUAUGGAACCCUUGCUGAUUUCGAUGAACUCAUUAAGGAAGCGAAUAAAUUGGGUUUAAAAAUAAUUAUGGAUUUCGUGCCCAAUCACUCAAGUGAUGAAUGUGUUUGGUUCCAAAAAUCCGUUAAUCGUGAGAAGGGCUAUGAGGACUACUAUGUCUGGCAUGAUGGCUAUGUGGAUGAAAAGGGCCAAAGGCAGCCACCCAGUAAUUGGUUACAGGCCUUUCGUGGCAGUGCCUGGGAAUGGAAUGAAAAGAGACAGCAAUAUUACCUUCAUCAGUUUGCCGUUAAGCAACCCGAUCUCAACUAUCGUAACCCCGACGUUGUGGCUCAAAUGAAACGGGUCCUGACCUAUUGGCUCGAUCGUGGUGUGGCCGGUUUUCGCAUUGAUGCUGUCCCCUGGAUGUUUGAAGUAUUACCCGAUGAAAAUGGCCGCUAUCCUGAUGAACCGAAAUCGGGUUAUACCAAUGAUACAGAUGAUUCCGCAUAUUUGCUGCACAUCUAUACUCAGGAUCAACCAGAAACCAUUGAUAUGGUCUAUCAAUGGCAUAAAUUACUGGAGGAUUAUCAAAGGGUACAUGGUGGUGAUACCAGGGUGUUGAUGAUUGAAACCUGGUCCAGCAUUGAUCAGGUUAUGAAAAUGUAUGGCAAUAAGUCUGUGGAGGGUGCUCAGAUUCCCUUUAAUUUCCAAUUUAUCAGUGCCGGAAAUGAUAAUCAAAAUAAUACCAAUCUGCCGGCUGGAGGAUUUACGAAAAUCAUCAAAAAGUGGAUGGAUAAUAUGCCGUCGGGUAAAACCGCAAAUUGGGUGAUGGGCAACCAUGACAAACGUCGUGUUGGCAGUCGUUAUGGUGAGAAUCGCAUUGAUCUGAUGAAUAUGCUGCAAAUGUUCCUGCCUGGUGUCAGUAUCACUUAUAUGGGUGAUGAAUUGGGUAUGCUCGAUUUAGAAAUAUCAUAUGAGGAUAGUGUCGAUCCCGCUGCCUGUAAUGCCAGCCCAGAUAACUAUCAACAGUUUACCCGUGAUCCGGCACGUACACCCUUCCAAUGGAGUUCUGCUGCUGAAGCUGGCUUUACCGAUGGCAAGUCCACUUGGUUGCCCGUUAAUCCGAAUUAUGUCACCGUGAAUGUAGAAACGGAAAAGGCGACCACCAAGAGUCAUCUGAAUGUUUAUAAAGAAAUGUCGAAGUUACGCCAAACGAAGACACUGCAAUAUGGCAAUCUACAGUAUGGCAAUGUGGGCGAUAAUAUUUUGGCGGUGAAGAGAUCCCUGCCCAAUGAAAAGACCUACAUCCUAUUGGCCAAUGUUUUGGACUCGGCCCAAAAUGCCAAUGUUGUUGAUGUCAUCAAGGCCUCGGGAAGCUAUAAAACGAAAAUUGCCAAUGUCAUAUCGACCAGGAAGGUUGGAGAUCUGGUGGCAUUGGAUAAUUUCUAUUUGAAUGGCAAUGAGGCCAUUAUUGUAGAAUCCGCCUAAUUUU